AUGAAGAAGGGGAAGUGGUCCAAGGAAGAGGAUAACUUGAUCAAGAACCACGUUGAGAAGUAUGGCAUUGGCCGUAGCUGGCAGGCGUUGUCCAACACUCUAGGGCUGAAGCGGUGUGGCCGGAGCUGCCGUUCCCGGUGGCUGAACUACCUCCGACCGGGGCUGAAGCACGGAAAUUUCACGCUGGCCGAGGAGAGGAUCAUCUGCGAGAUGUACAGCAAGAGGGGAAGCUGCUGGUCCGUCAUCGCUGCCCAGCUACCGGGGAGGACAGACCUCGCCAUCAAGAACUACUGGAACAGCACGCUCAAGAAGAAGAACCCGGCGGCGAGAACCCCCCCGGCCUGCAGCACGUCGUCCGACGCCGGGACGCCGGCGCGGGACCUGCAGCUGGUUGCCUACAGCAGCGAGGAGAGCUCCACGGCAGGGUCCAGCCCUGCCAAUGCCAAGCCCGUCUUGGCCGACCCGCCGCCGGUUCCGGUCGUCACCGACGGCCAAGGACCGAUCGCGGCAGUCCCGGUUAGCCGGCCGGUGAGGAUCGAGCAGAAGCAGGCCAUGGUGAGCCGAUCGCGUCUGGAGAAGCAGCAGCAGCCGCCGCCACCGGCGUGUGAUCAGACCGGCGAGAGGAUCAUGGACAUCGUCUGCGCUCCUAUGUCUCCUGUUCCUCUGAGCUUCAUUGAACCGGAGGAGCUGGCCUGCAUCUACGAGUUCGAUGAUAUCGAUAGCUUCUUGCCGUGGUUUGAUCAUCACUAAUCUAACUGUAUCGUCGUAGUCGUAGCUCCAUGAUUAGUUCACACCUUAGAGUUAAGUUACCAAUAGUGGUCAAAAUUUAGCUGCAGGAUUUGUCAUGUGUGUGCGUGUGUCCUGUCUCUGUUAUCUGUGCGUUUUACUGUGGAAUUAGCAGAGUCUGCUGUUUAGGAUUGGGGAAUGUUGUAGUGUGACCCUUAA